GAGCUGACGAUAGCGGUGUUUUAAAUAGUGCUGAGCUGUAUGAUUCAUCAACAGGUACUUGGACAACUACUGGUAAUAUGAUGAAUGCACGGAGUACUCACACAGCAUCUGCGUUACCAAAUGGAAAAAUAUUAGUUACUGGUGGAGUAGGCAGCAGUGGUAUUGGUUUAAAUAGUGCUGAGCUGUAUGAUCCAUUAACAAAUACUUGGACUACUACUAGUAACAUGAAUAAUGCACGACAAUAUCACACAGCAUCUGUAUUAUCAAAUGGAAAAGUAUUAGUUACUGGUGGAUUAUUUAUUACUAGUUAUUUAAAUAAUGCUGAAUUAUAUGAUCCAUUAACAGGCACUUGGACAGCUACUGGUAAUAUGACUAAUGCACGAGGCGGUCACACAGCAUCUGUACUAUCAAAUGGAAUAGUAUUAGUCACUGGAGGAUAUAGCAAUAGUGGUUUUUUAAAUAGUGCUGAAUUGUAUGAUCCAUUAACAGGUACCUGGACAACAACUACUAACAUGACUAAUGCACGAGGUAUUCACACAGUAUCUGUGUUAUCAAAUGGAAAAGUAUUAGUCACUGGUGGGCGAAAUUAUAAUGCUUUAGAUAGUACUGAGUUGUACGAUCCAUCAACAGGUACUUGGACAACUACUAGUAACAUGACUAAUGCUCGAGAAUAUCAUGCAGCAUCUGUAUUAUCAAAUGGAAAAGUAUUAGUUACUGGUGGAGCUGGGAAGACUGCUAAUUUAAAUAGUGCAGAAUUAUAUUAA